AUGACCAAUUCUCAGGUAUGGUUCCGUGGCGUGAGGAGCUCCAAAUUCCGUCACGUUUACGGUGUACCAUUUAAGCGGGAAAGAUGCUAUGACAACAUAAAAAUUACGAGAAAUGCCCACGACUCCAACUUUUGCGCAGUGAACCCAAAAUUCGUAGCUAUUGUCACCGAGGUGGCUGGUGGUGGGGCGUUUCUUGUUCUUCCAUUGGACAAUACUGGCCGCCUAGACUUCAACGCGAGCCGCGUAACAGGGCACAAAGGUCCCGUUCUCGACAUAAAAUGGAAUCCGUUCAACGAUAACAUAAUCGCUUCUUGCUCUGACGACUGCACGGUGAAACUAUGGCAUAUACCCGAUGGCGGGCUAUCAAUGCAUUUGACGGACUGGCUGGUGGAACUCCAUGGUCAUAAGCGGCGCGUAGCGUAUAUUGAAUGGCACCCUACUGCUGAAAACAUCCUCCUCAGCGCUGGGUUUGAUUACUUGAUUUUCGUAUGGGACGUCGGCAAAGGCGAGGCUGUGAAGAUCAUAGACUGCCACAGCGACGUAAUCUAUUGCAUGUCCUUCAACAGGGACGGGUCUCUACUUGCCACCACUUGCAAGGACAAGAAGCUGCGCGUCAUUGAACCGAGGCGGGGUAUUGUGCUGUCUGAAGGCCAAUGCCACACGGGCACCAAAGCAUCCAAGUGUACUUUCUUAGGCAGCCAGGGACGUGUCCUCACCACGGGUUUCUCGCGGUACAGCGACCGGCAGUACGCCGUUUGGGAACAGCACGACCUCAGCAAGCCGCUCGUUUGCGAAACCAUUGACAGCUCAUCGGGUGUCGUCUUCCCCUAUUACGACUAUGAUACUAAUAUGGUAUAUCUUGCCGGCAAAGGUGAUGGCAACAUUAGGUACUACGAAGUGGUCGACAUGCCUCCCUAUGUCCAUUUUCUGAAUCAGUUUCUUUCUGGGAACCCACAGCGGGGUCUGGGCUUCAUGCCCAAACGAGGUGUCAACACGGCACAGUGCGAAGUAUUCCGUUUCUAUAAGCUGCACACUUCUCGUGGCCUCUGCGAACCCAUUUCCAUGAUCGUGCCAAGGAAAUCUGACUGCUUCCAGGAUGAUCUAUACCCAGACACUGCUGCUCCUCAACCAGCUCUAAGUGCCCGUGAUUGGCUAAGCGGAAUGAACGCACCGCCUUUGCUGAUCAGCCUCAAGACCGGGGUGACGAUAACUACUCACAAGCCGCGCACCAACAACAAAGACACACCAGCGCUUCAACCCCAAGACGCUAACAAUAGGAAGAAGUUCGCCUUCCUGUCAAGGGAGACGACGCCGGAUUAUCGUCCACUUGGCACUUGGCAGCGAGAGAACCACGUCAAUGAUAAUGAAAGCGUGCAGGUAACGGAGAAAUCCCAAAAGACGAACGCAAACCAGAACACGAAGUUCCACCAGCUGCAGCGCAUGUUUGGCAAGCAGCCCGGCGAGAUGGAGCCUGUGCCGCUGUACAAGCAAAUUAACCAUGGGGACGUCUUUACUGAGCAUGAGUUGCGUCUCGCGUUCAACCGCCAAGGCGAAGAGCUACGUAUCGUAAAACGCCAGCUGCAAAACAGUCAGCAGCGGGUUCGAGAGCUUGAACAGCACAUUGCUGCACUGCAAGCUAAAUUGCCCUCUCAGAAUAAUGGUGUGUAA